AUGCCAGCACAACCAACAGACGCACCACCACCUUACAGUGGCUCAGGUGAUCGACCUAACGUAUCAGUGACCAGCCCGGCUGGCGACGUUCGAUCGGCCUCUUCCGAUGCUCUCGCCAACCAAGGUAGACCUGUUCACAGGAGAAAUCCAUCCGACGUAUCGGAUGUCAGCGACUUGACUGAUGAGGAGACUCUCUUGGAUCCAAAGGAAGUGGAGACAAGACGAAGUAUGGACGACGAACAAAGGGAUCUACCUGAUGGUUGGGUAAGGUGUUUCGAUCCAAAAUCGCAGCAUGCUUUCUAUGUCGAUGAAAAGACGAAGAGAUCUUCAUGGUUACACCCAUAUGACGAUCCAGAAUUCUUGAGGACAUUACCUAAGACCCAUCCCGCUCAUCCUGAAUCGAAAGAAGCUCAAGCUAUCAGGAAGAGGUCCGAAGAUGAAAAGAUUAUCCAAGAGAAGUAUAAGGAAACCAGAAAAACCAAAGAUGGCAGGGAAGGUAUUUCUCAAAAUGCCACGAAAUCGUCCGGAGGUGGCGACGAGCGAAACUGGUUCCAGAAGAAGAAAGAUAAGAUGAUCGGUACAAAAGAAGAAAGAGCCCAGGCUAAAGAAAAUAAACGAAAGAUCAGAGCAGAGCAACAGCGAAAGAUGGCUGAAGCUGAGGCUGCGUAUACGAAGCGUCGACAGGAGCUUAUUCAACAAAGGCUCAACGAUCCUAAUAUCCGUCGGAUGUACGCAUCUGACCCAUAUGCUUACGCCGCUCCAGCGUCUCCAUUCGUACGAUCCAGUGGAAUGUACGGAAGUCCUUUCGGUUAUGGAUACGGUGGUGGAUACGGACGUAGAGGGUACGGAUAUGGUGGUUACGGCGGCGGAAUGGGUAUGGGUAUGCCCUUGAUGUUAGGUGGUGGAGCAGGAUUGCUGGGUGGAAUGAUGUUAGGAGAUGCAAUGAGCGGAGGAUUUGGAGGUGGUGGCUUUGAUGGUGGUGGUGGUUUCGGAGGUGGAGGUGGCGAUUUCGGUGGCGGAGGUGGUGGCUUCUAA